AGCUGAAAUCGAUGUGUGUGUCACUCCCGCAGAAUAAACAGCCUUGCAAGGACUUUGGCAAGCGGAGCCGGAGCUGUCUCUCCGAGGCCAUGGUUCCCAGGACUCCUAGGAUGAGGCUGCUGUGAAGGACUGGUGGAUCCCCUGCCUGUGCUGUGGUGCCUGCAGAUUCCCUGUGAUCCCCUUUCCAGCUGGAGCACCGUUGCCAAGGCUGCUGGGAAGAAUGACUGUUGGAUGCCUACUGCAAUCCCCUGUCCUGGGGAGGACUUGGCUCCCCGUGCUGCUGCUGGCAGCCUCUGCUCACUGCCACUGGCCCAGCGAGCCGGCAGAAGUGGUUCGGGACUGGGAAAACCAGCUGGAGGCCUCCAUGCACUCGGUGCUCUCGGACCUCCGGGAGACUGUGCCGGCUGUGGUGGGCAUUCCCGACAGCUCUGCCGUGGUGGGACGCUACUUCAGAGUCUCCAUCCCCACAGAUUUAAUUGCUUCCAAUGGAGAAGUUGUCCAGAUCUCUGAAGCUGGGAAGGACUCCUUGCCUUCUUGGUUGCACUGGAAUGCCGAGAGCAGCUCCCUGGAAGGGUUGCCCCUUGACACAGACAAGGGUGUCCACUACAUCUCGGUGACCACUCUGCAGCCCUUCCCAAAUGGGAGCUAUGUCCCACAGACCACAAAUGUCUUCUCUGUUGAGGUCCACCAAGAAGACCACAACGAGCCUCAGUCAGUGCGAGUGGCCGUCCAAGACACGAGUGAAACAGCGCCUUUCGUGUGUGGCUCGGAAGAGCCAGUCACUAUCCUGACUGUCAUUUUGGAUGCUGACUUAACAAAAAUGACACCAAAGCAGAGGAUUGAACUCUUAAACAGAAUGAGAAGCUUUUCAGAGGUGGAACUUCACAACAUGAAGUUGGUUCCUGUUGUAAAUAACAGACUCUUUGACAUGUCAGCCUUCAUGGCUGGGCCAGGAAAUGCAAAGAAGGUGGUGGAAAACGGGGCCUUACUCUCAUGGAAACUGGGAUGUUCCCUGAGCCAAAACAGCGUCCCCAACAUCAGCAAGGUGGAGGCUCCAGCUAAGGAAGGAACCAUGUCUGCCCGCCUUGGCUACCCAGUUGUUGGCUGGCACAUUGCUAACAAGAAACCUCACCUCCCAAAGAGGAUGCGGCGGCAGAUCAACGCCACCCCUACGCCUUUGACUGCCAUCGGGCCGCCCACCACUGCCGCACAAGAGCCGCCCACCAGGAUUGUCCCCACCCCAACGUCACCUGCCAUCGCGCCUCCCACAGAGACAACGGCACCCCCGGUCCGGGAGCCCAUUCCACUGCCAAGGAAGCCAACAGUCACCAUCAGAACCAGAGGCCCCAUUGUGCAGACACCCACGCUGGGGCCGAUCCAGCCAACCAGGGUAGCAGAAGGCACGGGCACGGCCUCUGUGCCGAUCCGCCCCACCAUGCCCGGGUACGUAGAGCCCACAGCAGUGAUCACACCACCCUCAACUACCACCAAGAAACCGAGAGUCUCCACCCUGAAGCCAGCCACACCGUCCACAACAGAUUCCUCCACGGCAAUAACACGGAGGCCUACUCGAAGGCCCAAAACUCCCCGUCCGACAAAGCCUCCCAGCACAACCAGAUCCCCCAUCUCCAAGCUGACAACGGCCUCUCCGCCGUCCCGCGUGCGCACCACAGCCAGCGGGCUGCCCCGGCCCUGGGAGCCGAAUGAGCCACCCAAGCUGACAAACCACAUCGACAGGGUCGACGCAUGGGAAGGCACCUAUUUCGAGGUUAAGAUACCGUCGGAUACCUUCUACGACAAGGAAGAUACCACCACUGACAAGCUGCAGCUGACCUUGAAGCUGAAGGAGCAGCAGAUGAUCGAGGAGAAUUCGUGGGUGCAGUUCAACAGCACCAGCCAGCUCAUGUAUGGCAUGCCAGACCACAACCACAUUGGGAAGCACGAGUACUUCAUGUAUGCCACCGACAAGGGCGGGCUUUUUGCCGUGGAUGCUUUUGAAAUCCACGUCCACAAACGCCCACAUGGGGACAAGUCUCCAGUGAAGUUCAAGGCCAGGCUGGGAGGGGACCAUAAUGCAGUGGUGAAUGACAUCCAUAAGAAGAUCAUGCUGGUGAAGAAGCUGGCUCUGGCAUUUGGUGACAGGAACAGCAGCACAAUCACAGUGCAGGACAUCACAAAAGGCUCCAUCGUAGUGGAGUGGACCAACAACACACUGCCCCUGGAGCCUUGCCCUCGGGAGCAGAUCCGGACUUUGAGCAAAAAAAUUGCGGAUGACUCUGGCAGGCCGAGCCCAGCUUUCUCCAAUGUCCUGCAGCCCGAGUUCAAGCCUCUGAAUGUGUCCGUGGUUGGUUCUGGCAGCUGCAGGCACAUCCAGUUUAUUCCCGUGACCAAGGAUGGCAGGGUGAUCUCAGAGGCCACGCCAACAGUGGCAGCAGGCAAAGACCCUGAGAAGAGCAGCGAGGACGAUGUGUACCUGCACACCGUCAUCCCUGCCGUGGUGGUGGCCGCCAUCCUCCUCGUGGCUGGCAUCAUUGCCAUGAUCUGCUACCGCAAGAAGAGGAAAGGCAAACUGACCAUCGAAGACCAGGCCACCUUCAUAAAGAAAGGCGUGCCCAUCAUCUUCGCCGACGAGCUGGACGACUCCAAGCCCCCACCGUCCUCCAGCAUGCCCCUCAUCCUCCAGGAGGAGAAAGCCCCACUGCCCCCUCCAGAGUACCCCAACCAGAGCAUGCCGGAGACCACACCGCUCAACCAGGACACCAUCGGGGAGUACACUCCGCUGCGGGACGAGGACCCCAACGCGCCGCCCUACCAGCCUCCCCCCCCCUUCACUGCACCCAUGGAGGGAAAAGGCUCCCGCCCGAAGAACAUGACCCCGUACAGGUCCCCACCGCCCUACGUUCCCCCUUAACAAACGGGAG